AUGGAAAAGAAACAGCAACUCGUACGACUCGAGUCGACAAGUUUUGAGACAUUACAGGGUCACGUGCCUUUUACACUCAAAGAAAUUGUCAAAGAUUCGAAUAAAUUACCGUAUUUAUUGCAAUGGCUGGCAAAAACCAAGAAAAAUUCCUUACAUGGUGAAAACAAUAAUAAUUAUCAUCAAGUACUGCUCUUUCUUAUGGAAAUUGAGCAGCUACAGACUCUGGAGGAAAGUAAACAACGGGAACAGGCACAUAAAAUUUGGCUGAAAUAUAUUGACAAAACAUCUGAAUUUGAAAUUUCUACGACACUGGAACUCACAUUGGAGCUUGAGCAACUGGUAAAGGACACUAUUGACACGAGUGAUCAAGUAAAUGACAGCUUCUUUCCUAUUCAAAAGCUGGCAUAUAUGCGGCUGACACGAGAGGAGAUGCCACAGUUUCUCAAAAGUGAUGAGUAUCUCAAAAUGCUCAUUGGCACGGAAGAUGGCACAAGGAGAAUCUCGUUGAAGAAAAUACUACAGCAACCACGAGCAGCGCACUACUUUUUGCUCUUCCUUAUGCAAAGCCGUCAGCAUUUUGAACUCUACUUUUGGCUACAUGUGGAAUACGUGCUAAAACCUUUACUAGAAGAAGCAAACCACGAGCUGUUUUGGCAACUGGCAAGCGUGCUGGUGGACAAGGCACAGGAUGGUUCACACGCCAUCACACUUGCGACCAAGACUGAUUUGUACCUGGCGGUUGCUAGUCGUCGCCUCAACGAAAAACAUCAACCUAUGCAACCUGUCGCCAUAACGUUGUUUAACAAGGCACAGCUAGAGAUAUUCACCAUGCUACAGUCAUCGUGGUUCGACCGGUUUAUCAAGAGCGACCUGUACAAGGUAGCGCUUCAGGACUCGCUUAUUCACUUUGACCUUGUCGAAAAGUCCAGAGAUGACUCAUCUCUAAAGCUUUUGUCUAGGGCCUUCUCUUCUGCAGAAUACUCAAGGGUACACAUUAACGCUAACGGAUCUGGCUCAUCCGUGAAUAGUGAGGAAAAUGACGAGGACAAGAUAAGACAAGAGGAUGACGAGAAGGUCGUCGACGGCAAGCCGCAUACAACCGAUAUCUUGGAACGCAUGAGUGCGAACGAUAGCGAAGAAAAAAGUCGAAGCGAUUCGGAGGAAAGUGAUGGUGCUUUUGCUAAAAUUGUCUUGAAUCUUGAGAGCAUCAUUCGGCUGACGAAGCUACCCGACGGCCUCCAAGUACACUAUCGACCAAAUUACGAGUCGCCAAAUGCAAGCGCAUCCGUUCCUAAGGAUGAUGACUGUGGUAUCGAUGUCAUUCUGACUUUCGCGACAUUUGUGGAGAAACAGGAGAUGGAAGAUGCUGCUGCCACCUUGAUGCUCAUGCCUGUUCCAAAUCCACACAAGGAUACAAACAGUAGUGACGAGUCGUUUGAAGACAUAUCAAGACGAAUCAAACCUUUCCUCGUGCCAAGCGAUCGAACCCUCAUCAGGCGGUCAGGAGGCGAAAAAUGCCCCGCUGAUAUGUUAUUUCCUUUCCAGCAAAGCGGCCGGAACGGAUUCUUGUUUGGAUCGGUCUACUUGACAUACGAACCUAUGCACGUGGGAUCAUCUGACGAGGAAAUUUAUGUUGCCAAGGGCUUUUGCCUGCUCUCUCAUCUACCGCUCGUGAAGUCGCUGAGAAGUCUGGUGGAAGAACACGUGCAAAGUGCGCCAGACAAAUCUAGUGUUCUUGCACAUGAUCGCUUGGCAUUGUUGUUCCAAAGCAGCCUCACUUGGAAAAGAACGACUAUUACUAGUGCUAAUACUCACACGUAUGUGCACCCGGAAAUGCGUCUGGUGCAUCAGAAACGCAGCAGUAUUCUGAGCCUGCCUUUGACUACGCUAAAGACUCAGGUGGACGUCCCAAUGACGAUUCUUUUUGAACAAUUUGGUACCUCCAUGGUACUCCAAAUUCUUGCCAGUGCCGUGCUUGAGUGCAGCAUUGUGGUAGUUGCAAGUCAGUACUCGCUGCUGACAAUGUGCGCCGAGGCUAUCCGCAACUUGCUUCGACCAUUUGUGUGGUGUCAUGUAUAUGCGCCCGUGUUGCCAAAGCCAUUGCUCUCUUACCUGCAGUGUCCGACGCCAAUUCUCGUCGGCGUGCACAGCACGUUUGUGCUGCGAUCAGACCUGCCAACUCGUGGCUUGUAUCUUGUUGCUGACGUAGAUCGCAAGGUUUUGCAAUACGUUGGUGAUCAAUCGAUUUCUUGGCGAGGGCUGGGUCUGCGGGAUGAUACAAAAGCGAACACGAUUUAUCUGCCUCGAUGCUUCGAAGCUGCUAAAAACGAGCUAGACAGGCUGUUGUAUCCAAGAGCGUUGCUAUACGAUUCAAUUGGUGGAUGUGACACAACGCCGCUCGCAGAAAACAGUUCCUUUGCUUAUGCAUCUCCUCCAGUGAUGGAAGCCGAACAAGACGAACAGGUGCGCGGUAUCUGCUUCGAUCUAUUCUCAGAGCUGUUGAGUGGUCACAUGAACGCCUGCCUUGUGGUGGGUGACACAAAGGAGUCCGUGGUCAUCUUUGACGAGACUGAGUUUCUUGCUACUCGUGCCGAAGAAGACUUGCUUUAUUACCGUGCGCUGUUGCGUACUCAGUGCUUCUCAGAAAUCGUCAGCGCACACCGGAUUAAUAUGAGCUCAAAAAUGACAGGUGUAGAAGGCUUGGAAGCAGAUGAAGACCUGCAGGAAGGAAUCAUUUAG